AUGUCGUUUGAGUCCACGGGACACCGCAGCACGGUGGGGAGUUUAGUCAAUUCCUUCCGAGGUCGCGGAAACAUUCUUCAAUCCCUGCGCGGCAUUCAGAGGGAUCGUGGGACGAGUGCAUGGUUUCAGGAAUUGGCACAGGAGGCUGAGGAGGAGGGCGACGCCGCCUUCUUUCGCCUUCGAACCCCUUUAUUUGAGAAGUCGGCGCGCCCGCACGUGUUUUCAGCAGAAGAGAGGCGGCGUAUGGACAAGUAUGAGAGUAUCGAUUACAGUGAGGCCCAGUCCUUAACGUAUAAGGCCCGAAAGUUGCAUCUAGAGAAGGAGCGUCGCUGGUUGAAGUGGAUGAUGUUUAUCUUGGUGGGAGUCGGCGUUGGCUUGUGGUCGGUGCUUCUUCUUCAAACGCUUGACUUCUUGUCGGCUCAGAAACGGAGUCUUUUGGAGAGAUUUGUGGGGUCCCCGGUAGGAAAUAAGACGUUGGGCAAUGGCACGCAGUCCAUUGGACUGACACCUGGCGGAAUGCAUUGGAAGGACGUGGGCAGAGGUUAUUUAGUGUACAUCUUGUGGAGCGUCCUUGCCGCCAUGCUUCGCUGUGUUGUGCUAUC